GUUAUUUUGACUUUUGGCCAUCAUGUAGUCACAGAAAAGAAGGGUUCCUUCCAAUGUGCCUUGGAUUGGAGCUCUCCAAACAAACAAUCAAUCACUGCGGUGAAGAAGAAGAAGAAGAACACCAUCCCGCGAAAACCCAUCUCAACUCUCUCGCAACAAGGAUAAAUCUCUCAGGUUGUUCUAGUGACUGAUAGUGUGAUAUGGCGAGCAAUGAUGAUUUCACAUUCUGUCAGAUUGGUUUACCUGCUGACCAAGAUGGUCUUGAGGUGUCUAAGGCUGUGCCAGAUGUCAGUGGUGUCACCAUAAAAGAUGACUCUGCAAGCGACGCUAGUUUUAAUCAGAGUAGUGGCAUUCUGUGGAAAGAUAAGUUGCCAAGUAAUGGCAUUUCAAAGAGGGAGACAAAGAUUGGUUUACCUGCUGACCGAGAUGGUCUUGAGGUGCAGAAGGCUGUGCCAGAUGUCAGUGGUGUCCCCAUAAAAGAUGAGUCUGCAAGCGAAGCUAGUUUUAAUCAGAGUAGUGGCAUUCUGUGGAAAGAUAAGUUGCCAAGUAAUGACAUUUCAAAGAGGGAGACAAAGGUUGGUUCUUUGUCUUUUAGUGUUAUUGAUACGUCUCCCGGAGAAAAGUUGACUGAACUGCCAAAACAAGCAGCACCUGAAGACACUGGAAACUCAGUUAACAGUUCACAGCAACAGAAGACUCCUGAUAGGAAGCCUGCACCUCGGGCCAAAGUUCCUUUUGAGAAGGGUUAUAGCCAAAUGCAUUGGCUUAAGCUUACCCAAACGCAUCCUGACCUUGCAGGUUUGAAGGGACAGUCAAAUAGGAGGCUUAUUGCCUUGAAUGAAGUUAAACAACACCAAACAGAAGGCGCCAUGUGGACUGUUCUUAAAGGUCGUGUGUACAAUAUAGCUCCAUAUAUGAAAUUUCAUCCAGGAGGUGUUGAUAUGCUGAUGAAGGCAGUUGGAAAAGAUUGCACAUCUUUAUUCAAUAAAUACCAUGCUUGGGUGAAUGCUGAAGCCUUGUUGGAGAAGUGCCUUGUGGGUAAUUUAAAUGAUAGCAAGUGAAAACCAACUAUAUUAAAACAAUUCAGAAGAUAUUCUUUGAUCGGUUCAUCAUACCGAACAUAUGACUUGACAAAUGCAAAUUAUAUUGUUUUCAUUUUUGUUUAUUUUUUUUUUUGAAGUGUAAGCUGUACAAUCUUUACUCGAUGAUCAUACCAUUUUGAAUAAGUUUGAUCUCACAUACUUUGUUUUGUAUGAUACUGAUAAUGGGGAUAAAAUGUGUAUCUCAACUUGAUUAUUCUUUCAAUACAAGUAAAAUGCUCUAUAGAUUUACUUGAUG